AUGUUCUCGAAAAUUUUGAUCGUAGCCGGCAUUCUCGCCUCAACUCUCGCGUCCGCCGAUGUUCCGCUUUCCGUACAGCACGAUGCCACCAACUCAUUGGUGGAAUCUGUCGGAAUCGCCAGCACCCGUAACCUGAGAGUCAUGACUGAACAGACCGCGCUGGGUGAAACGACGACACAGGCGUCGCAGUGCGAUAACAUCGGUAGCGGAGACGCUCAGCUUGCGAACGGGCUUCAGUUGCUGAAUCUCGAUCUGCUCGGGAAUCAGUUGCUGGAUCUUGAUCUGCUCGGGAAUCAGUUGCUGGAUCUCGAUGUGCUCGGGUCCGUAGCCGCUGAUAACAUCCAAUCGUGCUGCAACGCGUGCGUGAACAGCGUUCUCUGCAUUGCGUUUAACUUCCAGCCACUCUUGUCACUCGAAGCGUGCGUGCUGUCACGUUCGAGGGUGGGUCGACAGGGAGGCCUCAUCAACCUAAGUAUAUUGUAA